UCCAGGCUGCUGUCACUAAUUUCAUGCCGGAAGUGUGUAAAACGCAACAACACAGUUCGGCAGCACAAGUUGUUUUGUCACGGAACGAAGGAAGAGAGUAUCAACAACAGAUACUUAACAUCGCCAUCGCUUCCACCACUGACUCCAUCACCAUCUCAUAACAACAAAGUACUUUACGGAACGUCGCUUACCCUGCAAGAAUUGGUGUAACAUAGCGUUAAUUAGUUUAGUUGAUUGGCUAUCUUCUUCAUUGAUACCCACCCAUGGGCUUGGUCGGUUAUUUCAAUAAAUAACAUUUUUAUUUAGGUCUUAAUCCACUCCCUUAUAUACACUCUUUGUUUUUACAUGUUUUCAGUCCCGUCUAUUGUUUACCAAAGUACACUAAUACUCAGUCUCCUGGCAACUAUAUACACAUCAAAACUAACGGAUUUUUGGAUUUCUAGUUAAAGGCGUCCUGCCUUCGUUCUUUUUCAUUUCUUGUUCAAACCUUUUCUUCGCUGUGAUCUUAGUGCGACCAUCAGCCAGUACUUUCCUUGGUUGAAGCUUCAGUAUAUAUAAUCGGAACCAUCAUCUUGCUACACUAAUAACGAGAUCACCUGGCAAUCCCAAUUAAAAGACCACCGUUCGCAUAAUUAUAAGGUUUAGUGAUCUGUCAUCCUGCAACUAAAUGAAUAAACCACCGGUGCCAUACUUGGAGUCUACAUUCCAUAUACACCAACGCUAUGAAGACACGGCGUUGCUAAUUUUCCAGCAAAUCCAGAAGAAGAAGAGGUCAAAUUAUUCCCAGUUUUCAAACAAACCAUUCCCGUCAACAUCCAACUUCAUUCAGGUGGAUCACUAUGGCAACAGUGGAGUGGUGGCAAAAAAGGAUGUGUCACAACCGAUCGAAACAUUGUUACCAGACAAGAUAAAAUAGCUUCGAAAACAUGCACAAUACUCUAAAGCUCAUGACAGCCAGAGAACGCCUUCUACUUUGUCAAGCUUUACUUUAAGGUAUUGAGCAAGAAUAAGAUGGGUGGGGGAAAUAUGAUAGGGACAAAAUUGAGGACGACAAGUUGAUUAAUGACUUUUGGAUGGGUUACAUAGAUAUACAUUUAUAUAUAUGCUGCUUUUUGAGGCAUGGAGAUUCUGCCUUAUUUCAAUGCUAAUAGUAAGCCUGUUGCUUUUGUGUGGUACUUGCUUGAAACUAGUGGAGAUGCACCAAAAUGUAGGGUAGGACAUAGCGCUUGUGUAGUGAAACCAAGCAACACAGAGGCACCUAAUAACAAUGGACAGCUUUAUCUAAUCGGUGGUGCCAAUCCAGAUAACACAUUCUCUGAUAAUCCAAUUCUAGACUUGAACUCUUGGCAAUGGGGUUACAAAGAGUUCACCGGAUUCAUGCCCCGCUAUGAACAGUCACUGUUUUCCACUCGGAAUAAUUCCAGCUCUAUCUAUAUCUUUGGUGGAGCAAACCAAACUGACACUCUCAAUGACAUCCAAUACUUGGAUACCGAUGCCAACAAAUGGCUGACGCUAACCCCCAAAGGGGACAUACCAGUUCCCAGGACCCACCACUCUACCACCUCUGUUGAUGACCAGUUUGUCAUCUUUGGUGGUGGAGCACAAGGCACAAGCCCAGUGCUAGAUGCUAAGGUGCACUCCUUCAGUGUGUCCACAUCCACCUGGUUCACACUGGAUAUCAAGGGACCAGCACCAAAACCUCGUCUUGGACAUGUCUCAGUUAGUAUUGACAAGAAAGUCUACAUCCAUGGAGGACUGUGUGAGGACAAGUUCUUUGAUGACUUCCAUGUUUUGGAUCUGGAGACGGAGUCAUGGCAACAGCUGGAGGUAUCAGGUCAACAUCCUUCUGCUCGUGCUGCUCACGGUGCUGUUGCCAAUGGUGAUAACAUCUACAUCUUUGGAGGAAUGUCUGUAGAUGGUGCACUCAAUGAUUUUUACCAAGUGGACACAGUUUCACUGAUUUCUACCCGAAUUGCCGUUGAUGCACCAGCACCAAGACCGCGUCUAGACUUUGCCAUGACCAUCACUGAAAUAACUUUAGAUCAGCCACAAUCACAAAAAAGUGGUUCAGAUGUUGAGAACUUGGAACCCUCGGAAGACCCUGAGGAAUCCACCGAGGAAGAGCUUCAGGCUUCCAAUGGGUGUGAAUCUGUAGAAAACGUGGAGUGCAGUUCGAGGGAGACAUACACAGUUUGUCUCAUCCAUGGCGGUAUGGAUACAGAAGGUGGAAUCUUUAACGACACCCUUGUCAUCUUUCUUUCUUGAACUCUUAUACAGUUUCUUUUUUUCCUUUUUUAGUAUUUUAUUCUCAUGCCUCAAUUGAUCAAAAUUUCUCUUUUAAAAUUUCAACUUUUAUUCUUUCUUGACUUCUCUUUUCAAACUCUUAUCUUUACUAGUGCAAUCUCUUAUGUUACACUAAUACAGCCCCUUAAAUCCUAUUAAUAGAGUUUUUUUAACUCUCUUCCUAUAUACUUCCAAUCUUUAACCAAACAGUAUCCUAAAUUUCCACAAAUAAAUGCAACCACUCAACUUCACCAAUGUAGAUCCUACAGUGCAGUCCCCUAAAAUCCCACCAAUACAAACCCCUAAAUUCCACAAAUACAUUUAUUUUAAAUCAAUCUUUUUUACCUUCCCUUAUUGUUUCUUUAAUAUAUUUUUUACUUGAAAGUGUUAUGUAUACAUGUGGCUGCAUGUUUGAACAUGUCUGUGUGUAUAUGUUUUUUGUUAUUUCUCUUUCAACAUUACGUAACAGUCCCUUUUACUACCAUAUUAGUUUUAACAUCUCCUUAUUUACUAAGUAUUAGCCUUAGUACAUCAAUAUUGACCACCCCUUAGUCUUAAAACCUCCCUUUUAACCCAAACUUUGCCUGAAGACUUCCCUGUUGGCUUUGUCCUUAUAGACUUUCCUUUCUUUCUGCAACUCUCUGCUAAUCUAAUGUGGAUCAACAAAUUCACAUCCAUUCAUAUCUUAAAUCACAACAGUUGCUCAAUAAAUACAAAUUUGUUAAUCUAAUAACCCCAAACAGUUGCUCAACCACUCAGCAUCUUUUGAUUUAUUAAUCUACUACUGUUGAUUAACAAAUUCACAUCUGUUGAUCUAUUAUUAAUAUACAAUAAUUUCUCAACAGAUCUACAACUGUUAAUUCAUUAAUUGACUAUUUAAUUUCUCGUUAUUUCUGACUACUUUUAGUUCCCUUCUCACCAAAUUCUCAGACAUCUUAGCUUUCACCAAGAGAUCAAUUAAAUUAAAUGGGGAUAAUCCCAUCUUACAGCCACCACUACACCACCACACCACACCACAACUACCAUCACAUAAUACUCAUCAUUCACCCGCUCACUUGCUCCUCUCCUAUUCAACUGACCAUUAUAAUUCCAGUUAAUCUAACAUCACAAACAUAUCCUCUCUCACUUAAUCUUGCCUCCCACCUAUCUCAUACAAUUAUAACAUAUCUGUGUUUUUUUUUUAUCUAUUUAAUUAUGCAUUCAAGCACUUUUAGUAAUAAUAACAUCAUGUACUGUAAUAAUAUAUUCAAAACACACUCUACACGGUCAACACCCUGUACUGUGAACAUCCCUAACAUCUUCAGCAGAAAAUCAUGCCACUCAUAUUUUACACAGUUGUCACCCAAUGAAACAACACAACCUGCACAGCACAUACUUUGCAUAAUGACCAUUCAACACUAAAACACAGUAUCUCUCACAACAUAUACAAAAUACAGCUGUUAUGUAACAAAAUAUUGGAACACACAUUGUACAUAUUUAUUCUACACAACAAACAGAUAUAACAAGAAAGCGACACUUGAAACAACAAACAAUCCCCACAACAAAAUAAAAUGCACUGUACAAACACAGUUCCUUACUUCAAAAAGACAAAGCUGCACAUGCAUAUGAAACAAAGAGAUGCACCUAGUAAUGCAGUAGAAUCUCGCAUGAAACUGUUGAAAAGUACUGAUAGUAAUAAUAAUAAUGAUUCUAACAUAGGCACAAAGCUAUAAAGGUUUUGUUGUGGAAGAUGUGAUAAUUUGAACUGAGUUUAGUACUUAACUGGUAUUUUAUUUUAUCUAAUAGGGUUGACAAAUUGGUAGAGUGGUUUGAAUGUCAGAUAGACUGCUUUGUGCUAUUUGUUCCACCUCUCUAUAUUCUGAGUUCAAACCCCACUGUGGUCAAUUUUGUUUUUCAUCAUUAUACUGUUGAUAAUGAAGCGCCAUCAAGAGUGGGGAGUUAGUGGAAUUGUUAGAGUGCUAGGCAAGAUACCUUGUUGUGUGAGUUUUUUUUGCCUUCUGACAGUAACACACACCUUCAACAAUGGCGUAUUGACCAAACUGUAUUAUUUGCUCUUUACCUUUACCUUUCCCAUAGACAAUAUCAGUGGUGUAGAGAAAGGGAGACUUGCAUGUAUGGACAACUGCUGGUCUUUCUACAACAAAGAAACCUUGCCUGAGCCUGCAUCUGGGAGAGAAAAUUCCCCAGUGAAAAUUUAUAGUCUCAUUAAACAUAGGAAGAUUCUGGGAUGUAUUUUAUUGAGUCUGCAAGAACAAAAGACAAAGUUAUCCUUCACAGUAUAUGAAGUCAGAACAUUAAAAAACAACAACCAAAUAACCGCAAGGCAUUUUCUGACAGUCUACUGAUUCUACUUUUAUAACAACAGUAAUAAAACUGUAUAUUUUUAAGAUCAUCCUGUAAAACAGAGUUUAUCUUCGUUACAGGUAGGAUUGUUUGAGCGUUGGACAAAAUACUUUAGUUAUCUCCCUUGGUUAUGUUUUCUUUUUACAUUCUGAGUUCAAAUCUUAUUCAGUCAGUUUUGGCUUUCAUCUCCCCUUUGUUCCAAUUAGGCUAGCGUUAACCAAUAAAAGUUAGUAGUCAACAUAAUAAGCACCAGUUAGCUAUAUACUGGGUUUAAAUCAACUGCCUAUAAUGUCUCCCCUCACAUUGCUAGAUCUUGCAACAAAGUUAACUCAAUAUUAUUCCAUUGGAAGACCUGUUUGAGCAACAGACAAAAUUCCCUGCAGUAUUUAGUUAUAUCCCAUAAUACCUUGAAUUAUUUCAUCUCUCUGGGGUCAGAUAAGAUAAAUGCCAGGUGUCGAUUUUAUUGAUUAUAUGGCUAAUUUUUGGACUUUGUCAAUGAUAGAAAUUAUUAUCAUAUAAUAUAAUAUAGACAUUAAAUAUUUUAUUGUUUGGUGGUUGAGGAAAUAAAUACCAAUGUAGGCUGGAGUUGAUUUAUUUGACUAUAUUAAAAAUUAUGACUUUGCAAAAUUGGUAGAAUAUCAGAAAAGAUGCCUAGUUAUAUUUAGUUACAGCUCUAUAGUUAUGUGUUCAAAUCCUUUCUUUCCUCAAGGGCAGAUAAAAUAGAGAACCAGUCAAGUGCUGGGGUGUAAGUAUGAACUAUCCUUCCUCUCAAGGUUGCUAGCCUUGUGCCUAGAACAGAAUUCAUUAUUGUAAUAGUAGUAGUAGUAGUAGAAGUAGUAAUAAGAACCCUCCUAUGGGCAACUUUACCUUUCAUCCUUUUCCCGGUUAGAUAAAAGUUAAACACAAGACAUUAUCGUCUGCACAUUACACCUCCACCCUAAAUUUUUCUGGUUUUGUGCCAAUGUUAGAAAUUGUUAUUACUAAUGGUAAUGAAAAGACAGAAAUCUAGAACUAAAUGUCUUAGUGUUUAAUUUUACUUCUUCUUUACAUCUGGCUUCAAAUCCUGACAGAGUUGACUCUGCCUUUCAUCCUUGAGAGGUCAACAAGAAAUAUAUUGAGGGAAAAAAAAAAGAAUGAACACAAAAGAUAAGAAUUGGAGACAAUUCAAAUUGACUAAUAUCUCCUCUCCCUACACAUGAGUGGCCUCAUGCCAAUCACUUACAGAAAGCAAAUUUUGUGUAAACCAAUCCAGUUUGUGAAUUUCCAUUUAUAGAAAUCUCAUUUUAGACACUGAAUGGAAAGUCACAUUGUAAUAUAUCAAAAUGUAUUGUUAAAGCUUUAAUGGAUAUACUUGGUUCAUAUAUAUUUGUGUGUGUCUAUGUGUACACACUAACAUAUACAUAUAUCUACAUAUGAAUAUAUACAUGUCUAUAUAUACACGUACACAAGCACAUACACCCUGUCUCUGUCUGUCUCUCUCUUUCUCCCUCUCACUCACACACACAUAUAUUUAAUUCUUUACAAUUUCUCUGUAAAUGUAUAAUUGUAUAAAAAUUAUAACUGUAAAUAGUUUUGCUAAUAUUUCUUACACUUUGUAUUUUACAUUUAGACAUGUCUUGUCAAACUUGUGGCAGCAAACUUUGGAGCUCAACUAGCUUGAAUUCUAUUUUUGUGUGUAUGUGUGUGUGAGCAUUUUCUUGUCUUUAAAGAUUUACAUUAGCCCCUCUAACUUCUAUUAUUAGUAAAUACAAUGGCUGAUUACAGUCUGAGUUCAAAUUCUAUUAAGGUCAACUUUACUUUCAUCAAUCCUGGAUCAAUUUAAUAAUAUACCAGUCAAGUACUUGUGUUGAUGAUGUCUCUCCCUUCUGAAUUACUGGCUCUGUACCUAAAUUUUUUUAAAUGUUAUUAAAGAACGAUUGAUUGUUAGAAUCAUUAGUGCUUUGGACAUAAUUCCUUUCAGUAUUUCUGGCCCUCGUAUCUUAAUUAGAACCUGUUAUUAAUAUUGUUCAAAUUUCUUCCAUUGAAUAGGAUUAAGAAUUAUUCACUUCCUUACCUUGAUUGGGAACCACAAAGGUUCUAGCUAAUAGCCUUUUAUUAAAACUCUGGGCCAUUUAAGCCAAUGAGGGAACCUCUGCAGAGUUGCUUGACCUACUAGAAAUAGCAGCAAAAUUUCCCUCAAAUCAGGACAGUGAAGCUGGAACGUUUUUGAUUAUAAAUUUGCUCAGUCAGAGUUGACUUGAGGUCUAACAUCAUCAACAAAAACAAUUAGGGCACAAGAUGAUGUCAAGACAAAGAAUAGUCAAAAAGCACCUCCUUUCCUUCCUUCUUUCCUUACUUCCUACCUUCCUUUCCCACCCCAGUGUUCUCCCCCUAACUCUAUCAGACAGAGUUAAACAGAAGACAACGACUGACCCCUUGAUAGAUAGGCGAGGGAGAUUCUCAUGUUUUCUAGCAAUGACCCUUAACAUUCGGUAUGGAAACCCUAUACUGGCAGAAAAUCAAAAAGAAAAAAAAAAAAAAAAGGAAAAUAUGUGACAUGCAUUAAUUCCUACAAAUUUCUGGUGUCAUUUGAACCUGUUUCUCCCAGUUUUGAUCCUAAUUUUAAUUUUUACAAAGAGAAUAAAUAAAUAAAUAAAUGUAAACAAGUAUUUUAAAAUAUGUCUGUAAAUAUCAUUGCAGCAGUAAACAUUUUUCUAUAAAUUUUUUUUAAUUUUAAUUCUUUUGCUAAAGUCUUUGGAAUAAUUUUUUAGACUUUUAUCAUACAUUCCUAUCAUCAUAUAUCAUUAUUAUUAUUAUUAUUAUUAUUAUUAUCAUGUAAGGCAGCGAGCUGGCAGCAUCAGCAUCGUUAGGGCAAUGGACAAAAUGCUUAGCAGCAUUUCUUUUGACUCUUUACGUUCUGAGUUCAAAUGUCACCAAGGUUGACUUUGCCUUUCAUCCUUUCAGGGUCGAUAAAAUAAGUACCAGUUGAGCACUGGGGUCAAUGGAACUGACCAACCCCCUUCCUCCCAAAAUUUCAGGCCUUGUGCCUAUAGUAGAAAGGAUUAUUAAGGUGGUAAAAGCAGAAUUGUCACAGAGUUGAACAAAAAUGGCUUGUGGUAUUUAGUUAUGGCUCUUUACAUUCUGAGUUCAAAUCCCACUGAAACCAAUUUUACCUUUUCAUCCUUCUUGGGUUGAAAAAUAAAGUACCAGUUAGUGGUGUCAGUGUAAUCAAUUAACUCCCUCCCUCCCUCCCUUUGUACCUUACAAACAAUUAUCAACAUUAUGGUGGUGACGAAGGUGGUAAGCUGGCAGAAUCGUUAACAUGUUGGACGCAAUUCUUUAAAAGCAUUUCAUCCACCUUUACGUUCUGAGUUCAAAUUCCGCUGGGGUUGACUUUACCUUUCAUCCUUUUGGGGGUCGAUAAAACAAGUACCAGUUGAGUACUGGGGUCGAUGUAAUUGACUUACCCCUCCCCUGAAAUUGCUGGCCUUGUGCCAAAAUGUGAAUCCAAUAUUAAGGUGGUGAUGGGAGAAUUGUUAGAGUAUUGUACAAAAUACUUUGCAUUAUUUUACAUCCCUUUACAUUCUGGGUUCAAAUCACACCAAAGUUGAUGUAGCUUUUUAUCCUUCCAGGAUUGAUAAAAUAAAGUACCAAUCAAAUUUUGGGGUCGAUUUAAUUGACUGUUCCUUCCCUUCAAUAUGUUAGGUUUUGUGCCCACGUAAGAAACCAUUAUUAUUAUUAUUAUUAUUAUUAUUAUCAUUGUUGUUGUUAUGCUUUAUUGAAUAAUAAAAAAUGUUUUGGAAAUAA